UUAGUUUAGGUUUCACUGGGUAGCAAUCAGAAUUAUGAAUCAUGGCUCCCUUGAAAAAGGGAAGCAAAAGCUUACUGAAGUGCGACAGUUGUUGACCUGUCUGCAAUUAGCUAAUUUAGUGUAAACUGGGUAUUCAACCUGGGAAGUCUAAAGGGAAGAAAGAGUACCAAACUGCACAUGGAAUGUUGGAAAUUUAUUCAAAUUCUUAGAACUCCAAGCAAAUUUGUCAUUUUAAAAAAAGGUUUUCCCUGUGUGCGGAAUAUUUUGAAGCAUGUCUUAAGCACAUAAUGGCUAAGUUGCAAAGCCUUUGCACGUGUAGAGUCAAAUGAUAUUAUUACUGAAUUUGAGGAUGCAUCAUCUUACUUUAGUGUUGAAUAUUUUUGAAAUCACAGCUAAAACUUUAAGGUUUAAGGUGAUUUGAAUUUUUUUUUGAUUCUGUGCUUUGCUUUCACUUUCAUUAAAAGUGGCAAAAUGCAAAUUAAUUUCCUCUCAUUCUGGGGACAGUGGAUCACUUCCCUAUUUACUGUUUAUAUUGAAGGGCUGUUUGUCAAAUAGAUCUUUAUCGUUGAAGAAAUAUAUUCUCUCACAUGGAUCAAGGAAAAUCAGAUUCUACAUUCCAUACCAAGUUGGUCAGGGAUCAAUUUGACAACUUGGAAAAACACACACAAUGGGGAAUUGAAUUUGUAGAGAGAUACAACAAGUUUGUUAAGGACCGGACAGAAAUUGAGAUCAGCUAUGCAAAGCAGCUUAGGAAUCUUUCGAAGAAGUAUCAGCCAAAAAAGAACUCCAGAGAAGAGGAAGAACAGAGAUACACAUCAUGUCAAGCAUUUCUAGCCAUUUUGAAUGAAAUGAACGACUAUGCAGGCCAGCAUGAGGUGAUUGCUGAGAACAUGAGCGGGCUAAUAUUUGCUGAGCUGUCACGCUACAUCCAGGAACUCAAGCAAGAACGGAAAUUGCAUUUCCAAGAAGGAAGAAGGGCACAACAACAUAUAGAAAGUUGUUGGAAACAACUUGAGAAUAGUAAAAGAAGAUUUGAGCGAGAUUGUAAGGAAGCAGAACGAGCUCAACAACAUUUUGAAAAGAUGGAUAAUGACCUGAAUGUAACAAAGGCUGAUGUGGAAAAGGCUCGGCAGCAGGCCCAUACCCGACAUCACAUGGCAUCGGAGAGUAAGACUGAAUAUUCCAAUGUUUUGCAGAACUUUAAUAAGGAACAACAUGAACAUUAUUAUACAAACAUACCAAACAUAUUCCAGAGAAUUCAAGAUCUGGAUGAAAGAAGAAUAGUUAAAAUUGGUGAAUCAAUGAAGACCUUUUCUGAGGUUGACAGGCAAGUCAUACCCAUCAUUGGAAAGUGUCUCGAUGAAAUCACAAAAGCAGCUGAAUCUAUUGAUGAAAAACAUGAUACACAGUUGGUGAUAGAAGCCUUCAAAUCUGGAUUUGAACAACCUGGUGAUGUUGAAUUUGAGGAUUUCAGUCAGCCUAUGAAGCGGACUGUUUCUGAAAGCAGUCUCUCCAAUAGCAGAUCUGACGGCAAACAAGAAUCUAAAGGUGGCAAAUCCAAGGGCAAACUCUGGCCUUUCAUCAAGAAAAAUAAGCUUAUGUCCCUUUUAACAUCUCCUCAUCAGCCUCCUCCUCCUCCCCCUUCCUGUUCCUCACCUUCUGCUGUUCCAAAUGGCCCUCAAUCUCCCAAGCAGCAAAAAGAGCCCCUCUCUCACCGCCUGAAUGAAUUUAUGACCUCCAAACCUAAAAUCCACUGUUUCAGAAGCCUAAAGCGGGGGACUCGAUCUUUCUAUUUUCACAAAGAGCUGAUGAAGAGGACAUUAGGGAAACCUACUUAUGCCUAUGAGGCGAGAGAGUUUGUUCUUUCUCUCAAACUGGGCUCAGGACCAGAAGACUUCAGCAAUCUUCCACCUGAGCAGCGAAGAAAGAAACUUCAGCAAAAAAUUGAUGAGAUUAACAAAGAAAUCCAAAAAGAAUCUGAUCAAAAAGAUGGUCUAAUGAAAAUGAAGGAUGCAUACAUCAAGAAUCCACAACUGGGUAGGCCGGAGACGGUGGAUCCCAAACUGGCAGAAAUUGAGCAAACGAUUGAAAAACUGCGACAAGAGAGUCAGAAAUUUGAGGCUUGGCUUGCUGAGGUAGAAGGUCGUUUACCAGUCAGGACUGAUCAACCAAGACGACCAAGUGAGAUGCACGAGUUGCAGAGUACUGCUGUAAACAAUUGUGCACAAGAUCGAGAGAGCAGCCCUGAUGGUAGUUAUACCGAAGAACAGAACCAGGACCCUGAAUUAAAAGUCGCAGCACAGUGCGAGUUUGAUGAUGAAUUUGAUGAUGAGGAAGUACUGGCAGCAAUUGGCACAUGCAAAGCCAUGUAUCCUUUUGAAGGUCAAAAUGAAGGAACAAUAGCAAUGGCAGAAGGAGAAACACUGAGUGUGAUAGAGGAGGAUAAAGGAGAUGGUUGGACAAGAGUUCGACGGAAUGAAGAUGAGGAAGGAUACGUUCCAACAUCCUAUGUGGAAGUAUAUUUGGACAGAAAUACCAAAGGUGCAAUGACUUACAUCUAGUUUUAAGAAAACUUGAGGUGAACGUAUGUCUUACAGGGCAUGAUCUGUACACAACAGAUAUGAGAAUGCAACUAAGUGCAAUAUACAGGAUCAUUGUGCAUAUAUAAACUUUUUUUAAAAAGAUUAUGUAGUAGAGAGAGGGAGAAUAUACAAAUGUGUUUUGUUGUCGACUGAAUGAGAUUGCAUUUGUCACAAACUUAUGUCGGUGCCAAUACUGGGAUUAGUUUAUUGUGAAAAUUAAUAAGCAUGGUCCAUAUCCACCCAUUUUUAAGUUUGAAAAUUAAAAUCCCUUAAUGAUAUCUUGGAAAUUUUAAACGUAAUGCUCAAAUCAAUUACAUUACUUAUGUCUAAUUUGUAUGCAUAUUUUAAUCUAUUGUUGAAUGACUACUCAAUUUUAUUUAUUAAACAAAAUUUUAACUGCUUACUCAUGAACAGAAUCUCCUAGCUACUCAAGGGUAAGGUGUGCGCUGCAGUGAAAGCCCAGUUGUAGUCUAGAUGGUUUUCAGUGGAGAUAUUUUUGCUGUCUUGCUGUUUCAUCACUGACAUUGUGCUACAUUACAGCAAUAAUUAUAGUUCAAAAUAUUUCAUUAGCUGUAAAGAACUCUAGGAUGUUCAGGAAUAAUGAAAGGUGCAAUAUAAAUGAAAAUUCAUUCUUUCUCUUUCACUUUUUUCCCCAUCUCUGUCUAAUAGGAUGGUUCUCAGUGAGGACCACUAUAAUUGAGGAACUGGUUAUUAUUAUUGGACAUUAAAUAAUUGUCAAUUUAGAAAACAGUCAUUACAAAAAAUUGAAUUUCUCCAUGUUGAAAUUGUAUCCAGCUUAAAUUUCUGGAUCAAGAAUCAUGCAAUUCAUUAGCUUACUAAUUGACAUAUCUGUUUUAAUAUGGUAGUGUUUUCUCUUUAAAACAUUGUAUAACUUGUACACUUCAGUUGGUCCACUGUAUUACAAUAUCAACACCUUUAUUACUUGACAGUUUUUUUUUAAAAGCUGUUAAUUUUAAAUUUUAUGCUGUUCAUAUUUGAUGAGGGUAAUGAUCAUUAUUAUCCAUUUAGCAUACUAGGUAUGUGUAGGGCAGCAGCUUUGUUUGAACUACAUUUUACUUGAAUUGAUGUACUUUUUCAGCUGUUAAUCUACUUGCUUUGUGUUUAAGAGAACCUGAGCAAAGUGGUUGUGUGUGUCAUAGUAUUAAAUGCAACUGCUUUGCAAAUCAAGUCUGUACGUCUACAAAUUAUCAUUCUUCUGAGUCUAAGUACCAUAUUGGGAGUGAGUUGUUAGGUGCACAGAGGUAUUUAUGUAGAAUGGAACCAGUACUAAAUCUACAAGCUGAAAGUGCUUUGUUACUAUCAAUCAAUUUAUUAGUGUUACAAGUUUGGCUAUUUGUUUAAUGCACUGCUUCACUUUGUUUUAUCUUUUUUUAAAACAAAUCAUUCUGAAAGAAAUUUUGGUAUACAUUUAAAGCUAAUCAGUUCUGAUAUAAUGAAAGUGUCAUGUGCUCGAUGUCUUAAUUCCUUAUAUUUGUUGAAAAUGGAUUUGUUGCCAAAUCAAACAGUAUGCAACUAUUUCCAAUGUAAUUAUUGUUACCUGAGCACUAAGUUCCAUACCAGUUGCAUCCUAUAUUGGAAUUUCUGCAACACAACAACUUGUACAUCCAAUAUACAGCUUAUGUUUAAAAUCUGAGCAGGAAUUGCAAUUCACCAAAUAUGUCAGGAAAGGCCCUUUUGGUACCUUUAACACUAUUCCACAGUAUAUUCCUAUUUGCAGGCUAGAAUAAUUGCACAAACAGAAAUACCCAGUUUGAUUCCACAAUCUGAAGCAGAAGUGGUUCUAAGAAAUAGUGUCAGAAUUUGACCCUUAUGUACUACCCAUUCUGAUGUGAGUAAUUUAAACCAAAAUUGCUAGAACUUUUAACAGGUCUGGCAGCACCUGUGAAGAGAGCAACAGAGGCUGGACUAUUUUGGCUCAGGUGAUGCUGGUUGUAAUAGUAUACCGUGAAGUGUGGCCCUGUGGUCACAUGGACACACAUCUCCAAGAGGAGUGUCACUCUGUUGUUAUGGACCAGACCAAACCCAUUUCAAAUAUAUCAAGAUAGCCUAGACCUAACUGUUUUUUUUUAAUUUAAUGGCAAGUGUAAGGUGAUAUAUUCCAGAUGUAAUUUGAUUGGUUACACUUCUCAGCUUUAAGAAAGCACACUUUAUCCUUACUUGGACUAGAUUGGGUUGGGAUAUCUGGUCAGCAUGGAUGGGUUGGACCGAAGGGUCUGUUUCCAUGCUGUACAUCUCUAUGACUCUGACAGUUAAAAUACAAACAAAAGAAAAAAGAAUUAGUCUAAUUUUAUCCCUAUUGGAAAAGUGAACAGAAUAACAGAUUAUUUAACUACUAAACAGCAGCGAUUCCAAUACAUUAACAUCCUUGGCAAAGGCAAAUUCAGUAAAAGUAAAUUGUUCUCACGUGCAAUUCUCAGAACAGAGAGAACUCCAGCCAUAACCGAGAGGAAUAACAGCUUCCACGUCCAUCUUUAUGACCCCAGCAAUUGCUGAAAGCUAAGCUAAAGUAAAACCCUGGUUUUAUGGGAGCCUGACCCUAUCCAUUUCUUCUGCUUCUGUUGUUCAAAGCCCAUUCCCAGAGGUCAAGAUAAGUCUUGUCCAGAGUUAAUGUUUCAAGGUUGAGAUUUCUUCAGAACUUUCAAUUGAAAAGUCAGGCACGAAAGGAUUAACUUUGUGUAUGUGUCCUGUUCU